CGUUCUGCUCCCAACCCCAAAAUCGACCACAUCAUCGGCCACGUCCUUUCAGGACGCAAUGUUCUCCCUCCAAUUGACGCGUUGCGCAUGGCGGUGCCAUCUGUCCGCCUGCCCCCGGGAGGGCCAGUCGUCAGGCGGCGUGGCCAUUGGCGUCAGGCCUGCCCCUGGGCGCUCCUGUGCCUGCUGUGCCUGCUGUCGGCCGAGGGGCAGCCCUCCCCGAAAGCCAGCAGCCUCGCCGAACGGGCAGUCGCAUCAUGGAGCGUCUGUUUCGUCGUCCGGACGUACUGGCGCCACGGUGCCCACGGUGACAACAGCCUGGAGCGCCUGCUGCGCAGCCUGCAAGCCCAGGGCCACGCCGACUGGGAGGCCCUGCUGGUGGUGGUGGACUCGAUGACAUUCCCAGACUUGCCGCACCUCGUGCGCGGCCUGAGGGACGACAGGAUCUGGGUGUUUGCGGAUCUGGUCGGGCGAGAGCUGGCCGCCCGGGGGGAGGGCGGGGGCUGGGCGGAUGGCUACCACCGGAGCCUGUACGGCGUGACGGACGAGGCGGUGCGGGGGUGUCGGCCUGGCACGGCGUGGGUGGUGGUGACCAACGGGGACAACGAGUACGGGGCGGGGUUUCUGGAGGCGCUGGGGAGGGAGGCGACGUCUGGGGCGGAGCUGGUGGGGUUCGACUUCUUCAGCCGGUACUACAACCCCACGGGGAUCCCCUGCGAUAGGUUCUCAAAGGGAGAGGGCCGGCCGCCCUGCAAGGAGAACCUCCUCAAGUUCUGCCACACCGAUCUUGGGGCCAACGCCAUGAGUUGGACUCGGCUGGUCGAAGAGGACCGCAGGUUUUCGGCUUUGGGCAGCAGCGGACCCGCUGCGGGCCAGGACGCUCUGAUGGCGGAACUGCUGAAGAAAUCCGGCUGGAGAACACGCAGGGCAGCCGGCAUGUGCCUCUUCAGCCACAGGCCAAAUCCCCAGGACUGCUCCAGCAGAUCUGGUGUCUGGGACGACACCGGUGCUCCCAACUUCGGCGAUACCUGUGGCGGAGCAUGCCUCACGGCAGACCAAGCUAGGGAAAAGCUGGCGGCAAACGAGCACUUUAUUGAGAACGUUACUAUAACAUUGGCUGCAGCUCCUGCCCGCAUGUCACAGCACCCCGUGUCGGACAGGAAGGACAUGCUGCUUGCGUGCCUCAGGUGGAAGGACCGUGGUCGUGACUUCGAGUUGGCACGCUUUUUUGGCUCACAGUGCGAAAUGAUUCCAACUGAGACAGUUGCGCCUGGAGCCACGUCCAACAGCGCAUACUACAAUCCAAUCGAGGACAGCGCCGCCCAAAAUGGGUACAUUGGUGUUAAAGGCAACGAUGGUCGAGUUUGUGCGGGGGCUGAUAAGGAAUCUGAGAAAAGGUUGGGUGAGCAGUUGUCUGUGCACGUUCAAGAUUCUGCCGACAGCUUGAAGGACGAGGAUGAACAUUCCGAGCUGUGA